CCUCGAUAACGCCUCUUCCGCCCCUCUACCCGCCGUGAAACACCGUCGCAAUGCCCAACCUUCGUCUUGGUUACAUCGCCCCCGAUUUCGAGGCAGAGACCACUCAGGGUCCUAUCAAAUUCCACGAGUGGAUCGGUGAUUCAUGGGCCAUUCUGUUCUCGCAUCCCGGAGAUUUCACACCUGUCUGCACCACCGAGCUUGCCGAGGUGUCGAGGAAGGCGCCUGAGUGGGCGAAACGCAACGUCAAGGUCAUCGGUCUCUCCGCGAAUGACCUGAAGGACCACCAGAAAUGGGUUGAGGACAUCAACGACUUCGGCACGAAGAACCUCGGCCCCACCAACGUCCAGUUCCCGAUUAUCGCCGACGCGGAGAGAAAGAUCUCGACGCUGUAUGACAUGCUCGAUGAGCAGGAUGCCACGAACCGGGACGCGAAGGGCCUGCCGUUCACCAUCCGUACAGUGUUCGUGAUUGAUCCUAAGAAGGUUAUCCGCCUGACACUCGCCUACCCUGCGUCGACUGGACGCAACUUUGACGAGAUUCUGCGAGUUGUGGAUUCGCUCCAACUCGGCGACAAGCACCGCGUCACAACCCCCGUCAACUGGAAGAAGGGCGACGAUGUUAUCGUCCAUCCGUCUGUGUCCAACGAGGAGGCUAAAACGCUGUUCCCUGAUGUAACUUUCCACAAGCAAUCGUACCUCAGGACGACUCCCCUCAAGGUUGAGUGAACAUAAGCAUUGAGGUCACUGGGCCUGUUAUGUAAUGUACGAUAUUCCAGGAGAUGCAAAUAAAUUAGUACUGUAGCCGAGCUUCACGUCUUUGCGAGGACAUCCAUGAUACGAUAACAACUUGAUGCGAUGCUAGGUUCCUGUGGCGUACUUUGAUUUCCUGACACGCUCGCUGCCUGCGGCAUGCGGUGCGAUUGG